CUCCGAGUGCCAACGAUGCCCGAACCUCCAUCAACUCGUAGUGAUAACCUUCAUGUCAGUUAAAAAUAACCCGAAAAUAGCCACACAGUUGUAAACAUGGCAAGUUUGAAAGUUCUGCCCAAGUUUCCUCCAAAUCUCAGAAAUUUUGUGACAACAGCCCCCAAAAGUGACGCAUGGCUUUCGAAGAUCUUCGUGCGGAAGAUCGAGCCGACGAAGGAGUCGCACAGCCGCAUGCUGAGCGACAAGGAGAUCAUCUACGCGCUGCAAACUCACAACUUCAGGCCUGACUCGAAAGUGGCGUAUUUGAACACAAUUAAGCAAACCGUUGAUUUUAUCAAGGCCCAGAACUCGCUCGCGGCGGCUGUGGAGCUAGUGGGCUCCUGGACGGUCAACGUGGGGGACCAGGACCAGGCCUUGCACCUGUGGAAGUUCACAGGGGGGUACGAGAAAAUCGACCUUUUUAACAACAUAAUCAGCAGGAGCGAUGACUUUAAGAAAAUCUCGGAGGAUCAGGGCAAAGUCGUGCGUUCGAGACACUUGCAGUACCUCCUAGCGUUCAGUUAUUGGCCCCAAAUUCAGCUCAGGAAGCCUUGUAAUAUUUACGAGAUUCGUUCGUAUGCCCUUAAGCCAGGCACUAUGAUCGAGUGGGGCAAUAACUGGGCCAGGGCUAUUAAUUUCAGGCAAAAUAAUGACGAGGCCUUUGCCGGGUUUUUCUCACAAAUCGGGAGGCUCUAUAACGUGCACCACAUCUGGUGUUACGAGGAUUUGAACAAGAGGAAGGAGACCCGGGAGAGCGCCUGGAGGUCCCCUGGGUGGGACGAGUGCGUGGCUUACACAGUGCCAUUGAUUAGGGAAAUGCACUGCAGGAUCAUGGUCCCGACUGAAUUCUCGCCGACUCAGUAAAGAACGUAUUGUUUGUGAAUUUGAUUGAAAAUAUAAAGCCGGUGCAAAACAGUUAAA